AUGGCUGCUGUUCAAACAGAGGUUUCCCUGUGCUCACAACCUUGGCAGAGGCCCCUGUACAUCUAUGGGGGGCUGGCAUGCAACUCACUGAUGGCUGACUCCUGGUCAGACAGAACUCCUCUCCAUGAAGCUGCCUACCAGGGCAGACUACUCCACCUGAGAAGCCUCAUCGCUCAGGGCUUCCAUGUGGACACACUCACCAUGGACAGAGUCUCUCCCCUCCAUGAGGCUUGUCUCGGUGGUCACUAUGCUUCCGCCAAGUUCCUGUUGGAGAAUGGUGCAAAUGUGGAGGCAGUAUCCACAGAUGGCGCCACACCUCUCUUCAACUCUUGCAGCAGCGGGAGUGCUGCUUGUGUCAGGCUCAUCUUGCAGCACAGUGCCUCCAUCAACACCACCUACCAGCUGGCCUCACCCAUCCACGAGGCCGCCAAGAAGGAUCACAGAGAGUGUCUGAAGCUGCUGCUGUCCCAUGGAGCUCAUAUUGACAUGGAGCUGCCAGUGGUGGGGACACCGCUGUAUUCUGCCUGCAUGGCCCGGGCCGCCGCCUGUGUAGAGGUGCUGCUACACUCAGGAGCAGAUGUACGAAUAGGGUGCGGGCAGGACAGUCCUUUACAUGCUGCAGUCCGAGCCGGAGGAGCAAACGUUGUGGACUUUCUGCUGGACUUCGGGGCUGAUGGGUGUUGUAGGAACACGGAGGGGAAAACUCCUUUGGACCUGUCAACGCCAAACAGCACAGUGAGAACUGCACUGCAGAAAAGAGGUCCCUGCUCUCUGUCUCAGCUGUGUCGGUUCUGUAUUCGCCGAAGUCUGGGAAGGAAUCGUCUGCACAGAGCGUCCAGCCUUUUCCUUCCACACAGUAUUAAAGACUUCCUCCUCUACCAAUGA